AUGAAGCUCUCUGUAUACUCUGUUAUUCUUGCAGCAUUGGGCUCUUUAUCCACAGCCAUCCCAGCUCCAGAACCUCGAGCUUUGCCAUUAGUUCAAUCUAACCAAUUGCGUCGAGUCAUUCUGCGGUCCGAACUUCUUGACAAGGGUCGAAUACUGCAAGAUUUUGCGUACGCCACGGAAGGACGGAAUCGCUACAUUGGAACCCCUGGUCACAAUGCCACCGUCAACUACCUCGUUGAUACGUUAGAUGCCUUGGAUUAUUAUGAUGUUGAGGUACAACCACUCACGGUUCCGAGUGCAUCUGGGACGUUGAGCAUCAGUGAGGUUGAUUACGAGGUUGCGCCAAUGACCUUCACUGCCGAAGGCACUGUUUCCGGUCCCAUCGUCCUCGUGUCCAAUCUUGGAUGCAAUGCCGAGGAUUAUCCAACUGAAGUCAGCGGCAAUAUUGCCCUGAUCAGCCGUGGUUCAUGCACUUUUGCAACCAAAGCCAUUAAUGCUAAAGUUGCGGGCGCAAUUGGGACAAUCAUAUACAACAACGUCGAAGGUCUUCUCCAAGGAACUCUUGGAGAGGCAGGUGACUAUGCACCCACGGUUGGCAUUUCUCUUGCCGAUGGGCAGACGCUAAUCGCAUCACUUGCUAAUGGCGCUGUAAUCGCCCAUCUCGAUGUUGACUUGAGCGAGAUUCUUACGUACAAUGUCAUAGCGGAGACAAAAGGUGGUGACAAGGAAAAUGUUCUCGCAGUUGGUGCUCAUACGGACUCAGUUCAAGCUGGACCAGGAAUUAACGACAACGGCUCCGGAUCAAUUGGAAUUCUCGAAGUAGCUAUCCAGCUGUCCAAAUUCUCAACAAACAAUGCCGUUCGUUUUGGCUGGUGGUCAGGUGAAGAAGAAGGUCUCCUAGGAGCUGAGCACUACGUUUCAACUCUCUCGCAAGACGAACGUGAUAAAAUCCGUCUCUACAUCAACUUCGACAUGAUUGCAUCGCCCAACUUUGUCUUUGAGAUAUACGAUGGAGAUGGAUCGGCUUUCAACCUCAGCGGCCCAUCUGGUUCAGCCGAAGUCGAGAAUCUCUGGGAGGAUUAUUUCAAGAACGAGGUUAACAUUCCAACUAAGCCAUCCGAGUUUGAUGGAAGAUCCGACUACGGACCAUUCCUCGAUGCUGGUAUCGCCGCUGGUGGACUGACUUCUGGAGCUGAUGGAGUGAAGACUGACGAGGAGGUCGCAUUAUAUGGUGGAACAGCUGGUGAAAUCUAUGACCCAAAUUACCACACUGCUAGAGAUACACUUGAGAAUCUCAAUGUCGGUGUCUGGGUGCAGCUGACCAAAGGAAUUGCGCAUGCUGUAGCAAGUUAUGGACGGAGCUUUGAAACACUUCCUGCUAAGAUGAAGGCAAAUGAGAAGAGAGAAGUGCAUACUUUCAAUAGGAAGGGUGGGAAGUGGCUAUACUGA